CUGGCGCGACAGCGGUUGCCGGUGGCCACGGAGUUGGAGGGAGGGAAGCACACGCAGUCUUGGACCGAGCGAGGUCGGAGCAUCGUCGUCCGCCCGCACGCUUGCGGUCGUCUUUUCGGCUCUCUAACGUUAACCCGAAAACUGGAUUGAAACACGCAAGCCGCUGGGAUGCCCGCGAGUAAAAACGUACAAGGAGGAAAAGCCUUCGGGUUGUUAAAAGAGCAACAAAGGCAAAAACUGGAGGAGGUGAACCAGGAAUUCCUGGAGGACCAGAAGUACCGUGAUGAAGAUGACCUCGCGGAGAAGCUGGAGGGUUUCAAAAAUAAAUAUGCUGAAUUUGACCUGAAUGACCAAGGCGAAAUCGAUCUGAUGGGCCUCAAGCGCAUGAUGGAGAAGCUGGGCGUGCCCAAGACCCACUUGGAGCUGAAGAAGAUGAUCGUGGAGGUGACGGGCGGCGCCAGCAGCAACAGCAUCGACUACAGAGACUUUGUCAAGAUGAUGCUGGGCAAACGCUCGGCCGUGCUCAAACUAGUCUUGCUGUUCGAGGACAAAGCCAACGGGGCGGCGCCCUGCAAGCCGGACGGCCCGCCUCCGAAGCGGGACAUCGCCAGCCUGCCUUAAGCCUGCCCCCCCCCCUAACCCGGCCCCAAUUCCGACCCCUCCCCUGCCCUCACAGGCUGCUUUCCAAUUUUCUUAACCCCCGGUGGACCACGGAUGGACGAAUGAGGGUAUUUUUUGUGAUGUACGGUGCGUGCGAGGUGGCUAUCGUCGUUAAACGAUGUUUGACUGUGAAUAUUAUUAUCCUUUAGGUAAAUGGUAGCAUUCGUAGUGUAUGUCUUUUUUUUCUCGUUUGUUUAAAUAGUGGCGUUUUGUGUAUGAAGGGAAAAUGCUUUUAUGUGUUAGCCAAGCACAAGCAGCUUUCUUCCUCCCGUUUCCACAGUAGCCUCGCAGGGAUUCCCGCCACGCCGACCUCAGGCCGCGUUUCAGAGAUUACAAGAUUACAAGCCACCCCCACUUCCUGCGGCGCUGCAACACUGAUCUGGAAUCAGUAACUCGUUUGUCAAGUCUGCGUUUUGGACUUUUGACUCACGCUUGCGCCCUAGUUUGAAGUCAAGUGCACGUGUAGGAGGACUGUGACCAAGUGGUACAAAUGUAUAAAGGCAACGAUAACAAGAGUACAAUCA